CUGAGAUCAUCAACACUAUUGUCCACAGCUGUCACAAUGCCUGCAACCUGUAUUGCUGCAAACCCGUGGAUAGUCUCUCAGUCAAUCCGAAGCAUUUUUAUCCCCCAAUUUACGGCUCAAGUGUCGAAAAGCCGCGUGCCAUUCCACGCUACAUCCCAGUCAUUGUUCACACGUCCUCCAUUCAAACCGACUCCUCGCACUAUAUCGCCAAGGCGGUUGUUCGCAAGCGUUCCCGUUUUGUCGAAUAAUGAAAAGAAUGAAAGGCUGGGCAAAGAUGGUGAAAUAAAUGACCAGGACGAUGAUUUCGUACUGGACUUGUCUCCCCCCAAAGUUGAGGUUUCAAAACAGGAAAAGGCCAAACAGGAAAAGAACACGCAGAAGAAGUCAAAGAAAUUAAAGGAUUCGACUGCCGGCGGUCGAAUAAAAACAAGCAAAGCAAUAAAAUCGGGCGGCAAGAACACCGACGAAGCCCAGUCGCGAAAACUAAAGCCCAAGGAUUGGCAAAUACAAAAAGCAGCUCUGGAAGAAAAAUUCCAGGAAGGAUGGCGGCCGCUCAAGAAGCUGUCUCCAGAUACUCUGGACACAAUCCGUCAUCUCCAUUCCACCAAGCCAGAUGAAUGGACAACGCCGGCGCUGGCAGAACACUACAAGGUGUCGCCUGAAGCCAUCAGACGGAUCCUCAAGAGCAGGUGGCAGCCAUCAGAGGAAACAAGGAACAAGCGCCAGGAGAAUUGGAGGAAACGCCACGAUAGGAUUUGGUCUCAGAUGGAGGAAAUCGGGCUGCGGCGGCCGAGGACGAGCAUGCGCGAUGUUCCUGAUGAUGCUAGUAAGCUUGGUGUGUAGACGCGAUGAGAUUCUUGUAAUAUCUUAAUACCUACGGUUAUGUAUACUAUAAUAAAUUUUUCUAUAUUCCAAC